UAAACCCACCCACCAAAAAGAGGAAUUUACAAAGUUACCCCCAAAAGAAAGUCAAAUUACACACCAGCGUCGUUGCUUCCCCUCGCCAAAUCGCCAUUAUCGCGUCCUCUGACCUCUCGCCGUCUAUUUGGAACCGACGUUUCCCCCACCCUGUGACGAUUCCGUCACCGAUCUCCGAUCUCCGAGAUCUGACUCUCAACGUCUUACACGGAAGAAAGAAUUGCUUUGAUUUAUCUAGUCAGGAGCAGCAACAAUGGGAUCGUCUCCAGAGAUCAUCGACAUCGCUACCAGUGCUCGGAGAAUAGGCGUAGACAAUCGUAUCUCUCUCAAAUUCUACUUUAGAAUCGCAGAUAACAUCCUCAAACAGGCUAACAUAUUUCGAGCUGAGAAGAAUAUAAUUGACUUAUACGUCAUGCUUCUGCGUUACUCGAGCUUGGCUCUGGAGACUAUACCUUCCCAUCGUGAUUACAGAACAUCUCUUAAAAGCAACAAAGAGUAUUUGAGAAUGAGACUAUUGGAUGUCUUGGCUGAGCUGGAGAAGUUGAAACCAGUUGUACGGCAAAGGAUUGAAGAACUCAAUCCCAAGCCUUUACCUCGGUAUAAUGUGCAAACUCUUCCAUCAAAUGAUUCUCAACGCUGGUCUUCCCCUGUAAAACCGUCCUUCAGUAGUUAUGAUCAUGCAAAGGUCAUAAAUCCUUAUGGACAUAAUUUUGGCUACAUGGGUUCCAGGGGUCAGCAAUUCUUGAACGCUGCGCCACUUGACGAGCGUUUUCGUAAUAUGUCAGUGAACUUAAUCCGACCUACAGAUGAAACCCUUUCCAAGCAUUCUAUCUUGGGUCCAAAUGGACUCCGUGCACAGUGGCAGCCUCCAAAGAAUGACUUAAAGGUUCAGUAUCCAAGCAAUAUAGAUUUUUCGCCAAUUGAAAUCCCAAGCUUCCGACAACAAUUCGUGGAUAGCAAACCGAUGAUAACUAACGGCAGUAACAACGAACCCGAGAAGCCAAUUGUGGAAUCAAGCUCUACUCCAAGUGAAAGUAUCCAGAAAAAUUACACCGAAGAGCUUUCGUCAAUGAUUUCUUUCGAAGAAGAAGAAAGCGUUAAUGAUAACAACAUCAUUAGGCAACCUUCACCACCUCCUGUACUUGCCGAAGUCCAAGACUUGGCUCAUGGGUUAUGUCAUGAAGCUAACGAAGUGGAAUGUAACAUAGAUAACUCUUUGCCAGAUGAGUCUCUACGUGCAGAAUCUCCUCUUGAACUCCAUAUUGCAACGACAAUGAUGGAUGCCUUCAUGAGGCUUGCCAGCUCGAACACCAAGAAGGAUUUAGAGACGUGUGGUAUUCUUGCUGGUUCACUAAAAAACCGAAAGUUCUACAUUACAGCUCUCAUCAUACCAAAACAGGAAUCAACAUCUAAUUCGUGUCAGGCCACAAACGAAGAGGAGAUAUUUGAAGUACAGGACAAGCAAUCCCUUUUCCCACUUGGAUGGAUUCAUACGCAUCCGACACAGUCUUGUUUCAUGUCAUCCAUUGAUGUCCACACCCACUAUUCAUACCAGAUUAUGUUACCGGAAGCUGUGGCAAUCGUUAUGGCGCCACAAGACUCUUCAAGGAAACAUGGAAUAUUCCGGCUGACAACGCCGGGAGGAAUGACGGUGAUAAGGAAUUGUGAUCAGCGUGGGUUUCACGCGCACAGUUCGCCAGCAGACGGAGGACCAAUUUACAAUACGUCCACGGAAGUUUACAUGAACCCUGAUCUCAGUUUCGAUGUCAUUGAUCUCAGAUAGCGCUUUUGAAAAUGAAAACUAUGUUCAGUUUAAAAAAAAAAAAACAUCUUGCUUUACGAUGGUAACUAUACUUGUUUGUAUAUCCGAUUUUUAAUAUGAGCUACGCAAAUUCGUGUAUAAUUGACUUUUUUUUGUUGUAAACAAGCUCACAAUAUGUAUAAUAUCUU